CGCCAUGAAGCGCCGCGGCGCCGAUGCCGACAAUGCCGACCUUGUGGCGCCGCCGGAUGCUGCGGAGCGCAAAAGGGCCAAGGCGGUGAUUGCGUAUCGCGUGGAUCUACUGCCCAAGGUGGACGUUCGUUUCUACGAGAGCGCCCGGAAGGAUUGGAGGAAAUCCUGGGAGGUGAUGGUGCCGCCACGCGAGGCUCGAUGCUUCGAAGUGCCCAAGGGCCACUUCUUUCGCAUUUGCUGCGUGGAAGGGCCGCAGGUGGGGGAUCUCAACUUGUGGUGCUCCAGCGAUCUUCAGGAGCGAUUCUACAGCGGCAAGACGCGACAACUGCAUGCGACACAUCUGACAAAAGGGGAUCGCCUCUGGAGCUGCUUCCCAUUUCUGAGACCGAUGGCCACCAUCACUCACGACACCUUGGCAUGGUAUGGCUUUGAUGAGG